AUGUUUGAUUCAGCGAAGCGCAUUGCCGGCACUUCGGAUGAGCAAUUGAAGAUCAGCCGGGUGCCCGCGAAGGAGCGGUUCAAGGGGUCUCGUGAACGCAUGAAGAGCGGUGACCGACGAGCUUUCGCGCGAGUCCUGUAUACGAGGUACUUUUUCGAGGGCGCAGGCUUAUUCGAAAAACUGCAUGGUCUAGACAACGAUAAGUUAGGAUUGCCGAGGGAGGGCUUGGAUAAAUAUACAGAGAAAGCCAUGCAGCUGGAGCAAGACGAGUACUGGGCGAAGUACGGUCUUUAA